CUUAGAGUUACCUCCCCAUAAAGAGAAGCGUGUGUAUUCUCUCGACGAAAUAAUCUACCGGUUUGUCCGUUGUAUAUGCGAUAUCCCUGCAUAUAAGACUACCUACGUAGAGUCAUGUCAUUUAACCGGUCAAACGAAGGUUGGGGCGACCACUCACGGUCCAAGAAGAGGCGGUUUGACCGGAACCGAGGGCGAGGCUACUACGGGGGCAGGAGGAAUGAUUACUACUCUCAGAACGACCAAUUGACAGAGCAAGUCCAGGGCUGGAUGCAGUGGGUGGGGUCGGCAGGUGGCCCCCCAGGGUACGGGCCCGACCAGUGCGAGGGGUGGGGGGGGCAGCAGGGGUACCAGCAGGACGGCGGCUACUGGAGUCACCCAGGCAGCUCCCAGUCCUAUCAGCCCAACUACAACGAGGAAACUGAACCAGCUAUUUUAACAGUGGCUGAAAGACUGGAAAGGCUUGGUGAAUAUCUCCGAAGAUAUCACAGCAAUAACGACGUUCAGGUGAUCGAGAAAGGAGUCCUUGCCAGCCAGUCAGGCCUACGAGCCGAUUACAGCCACGAAGUGGUGCACAAAGUAGGCAAGAAGUACAUAUUCACCGGAUGUCUCAAACUCAAUAAAGUGUUCAUAGCCCGCAGUGUAGGGGGAGACAAGCAGAGGACCAAACAGUCGACUUACAGGAAGGCCAUCAACAUCAUCCGAAACAAGUCCAUCAGGCACAUACUGGGGCUGAAAGAUGUCGGCAUACAGAUUCUGAAAUUUGAUGCCAAAGCCUUCUUUAAAAGAGACGAAGAGUACGAUGACCCUGGUGCCAUCGCCCUGAAGAGGUUCAUUUCAAUCGAGAAAGGAGAGAUGGAGGUCGAAAUCCCCGAAGGAGCAUCCUUAGACCAGGUGCUCAAAGUGGAGCUGACGGAUGACGAGGUGAAGGAGAAGCUAGCAGCGGUAGUUGCGUACUGCAAGGAGACGACACGCCACCCCAAUGCCUCACUGAUGCACUUGCUGGAUCGGAACGUGUUCCGGAUUGGCCUGGAGCCCAAAUGUAUUGUUAAGUUCCUGGAAGCGGAUGAGAACCGACCAGCCGAGGAGAACGUUAUUUGUGAGUACUUCCUGCAGAAGGUCCUGAUCGGAAAAGGGAAGGGGGAGACUCGGACAAACGCACAUGCCGAAGCCUACGAAAACGCCUACCAUAAACUUACCACCAUGACAGGAGAGGAACUGUUUGAUGCGGGCAAGCCGGCUUCAGAGGAGGAAGAGCUGAAAGUGGCCAAAACUGAAGUCUGGGCAAAGUCUAGAACGGAGGGUGUCGAAUCAAACAUUGGCCGUUUAAAACUCCUGAGACGAGAUCCCAUACAGAGAGAUAAAGAGUGGAAUGAGAUGGUCAUUGUGGAGACGCAUGAUUGGUCGUUCAAUCGAAGAAAAAAUGCGUACAGUAUCUUGAUGAUGAGCGCUAUGUGGAAUGGGAUGCUCCUGGAGUGGAAGAUUGAGCCAGAUGAGAAGGGAUACAGAUGUGAGAUGAUCCUGCAGCAGACGAAGGUGGGAGAGGCCGUUGCCGGGGACCAACACACAGUCCGCACGCUGGCAGCGGCAGAUGCACUCUUCAAGUUCUACGAGUCUCAGACAGUUCUCAAGGUGAGAUCGACCAAGGAGUGCAAUGACAUUGUGGUGACAUCGGAAGAGAUCACAGAGAAGGGGGACAAACUGAAGGCUGAGAGUGGAGAAACGGGCACAGACGACUUUAUCAUCAUCACCCGCAAGAGGUACUUCCGGGAUGAUCCCGAUGGGGAUGAAGAUGACGAGGAGGAGGAGGUCCCUGCUCCUCCACCAAAAGCUGCACGAAAGGCUGCACCAAAAGUGGUCAAGGAAGAAAGUGAGGUCAAGGAGGAGAGUGAGGUCCAGUCAUCGACUUCGUCAGAUCCUGCUGCAGGUGCUUCUGUGUCAGGAGCUGCUGGUGGUGCUGCUGCUUCAGAUGGUGGUGAAGGCAAGGAGGGGGAGAAAGAGAGCAAUGGGGAUGGAAAUAAGGGUGAGGAUGGCGGUAAGGAUGGAGAGGCCGGUAAGGGGGAGGAAGAAGCCAAGGAUGAAGAUGGUGGCGCGGAGGGAGAGGAUGAGCUUCCUAACAGAUGCCGUAUCAACAAGUGGCAUAGGGACGCCAUAGAGAAGGUCAUGCAGGAAUACAAGCAGAUGGACACCCUUCGGGAUCUGCGCUUUGUGUAUGGGUUUGAGCAGGGCGACUGGGAUCAGAUCAAGUAUUUGGCUAAGAAAAUUGGCCUGAAAAUUAUGCAGAAGAAGAUCAAGGAUCGGUUCCUGAAGUUGUACAGGAAGAACACCCCAGAUCAGAUGGUGGAUAUCCUUGUCAAGCUGGGCGAGCCCAGUGGUAGAUACGAACUUGUGCCCCGAGAAGGGCUGCCAAGCCAUGCCGACAUUGAGAGUGUGCUGGUGUUAGGAAAGGCUUAAAGGCCAUCAUUUAGACUCAAAUCAUCAUGUGUCAUUGGUUUCCAUAUUGGCUUGUUUGUCCCCGGCUGCACAGGUAGUGUUGCAGUUUGAUCUAAACAUUGAUUUUAAGUGACAACAGGAAAAUCAACCUUACUUGAAAAAUGAGAAAUGACUUUGUAUAUUUUCCAAAUAUUCAUCUCCUAUUUGCAUUCAAUUACAGAUGCCUACCAUACAGCCACAUCAUCAAUCUCAUUAACAUCAGAUCUGAGUUUUCGCUACCGCUAAACAAAUAUCUGAGGACAUCCAAUGACAGGUCCCGUGAUCUUGGACCUUCCAAUUACAUGACUGACAAGAAGAUGACAUUAGCCAAUCAGAAAGCAGUUUUCUUGACCUAUACAGCACUAGUUUCAAACUGGCAACUUUCAUUCCAGACUAUGCUCAAAAAUAUAUUUUGACAAAGUUCUCUAUUCACAAUUUGAAAACUAAACAAAAGAACGUCCUAGAGUAUCUAAUAGAUGGCCUAGAUUGUUUGGCAGUACUCCCACGGGCUAUGAAUAGCCUCGUCCGUUGAAGUGGCGGUGUGGUAGCCUAGUGGUCGUCAUGCCAAAGACCUGGGUUCAAUGGGUGCAAUGUUUGAAACCCAUUUCUGGUGUCUCCCGCCAUGAUAUUGCUGGAAUAUUGCUAAAAGUGGGGUAAAACCAUACUCACUCACUCUCCCGUUCUAAAGAUUAUCCCACUCCUGAUCGGGUGAGCAACGUUCUGAUUGGUUGGAUGAAAGGUCGUUCUGACAUGACCCAUAAUAGGAUGUCCUCAGUUUAACAGUAGCCAGAAAUAACAUCUGAUUUUGAUGAGAUUGACACAUCAUGGUCACCAAAUUCAUGCAUAUGCUAACCAGUUUCAGUGGACAUCGUUGUGUUGUCAGAAUGCCCAAUGCACAUCUGAUAAAAAGGCCUUUGGAGAUAUCACAAGAGUAGACUGCCCUUUUCAUUGAUGUCUGCGCACCGCAAGACCUUUGGCAGCUUUGUUUUUUCAUUUUCUGAAGAAACCCCAUGAUGAGGGAUCGUGUUCUUCUUUCACCAGUGUUCAACAUGGGGCAUGAACGUCUGGGGUUUCUUGUCGUAACCCUAAUAUUUAAGGUGAACGUAUUGGGCAUUCCAAGAUUCUGUAAUAGCUCAACAAGAACCCCAGAAGUUUGUUCAUGAUGAACACUGUUUUCCAUAUGUAGUUAGCGUUCCCUAUAUUUCAAUGACCUGUUUUUACAGAAAGGCGGUUCCUUUUAAUGACUGGUUUGUGUACUUUCUGCUUACAAAAUCUGACUAUCACAUCCUUACUUUAGACUACAAGGCCUACAAGCCAAGCUUUCAAACCACAAUAUAUUCAGUAAUGUUUGAAGAACACAAAACUAUGUCGUGUGUAUUUGAUUUUAUCCCCUGCUACAGGCUGACAUUUAAUUUUAAGUAUGUAGACCAAGAUUGUAAGACGUCUGGCCUUACAGUAGGUAUAUAAGCGUUAGAAAUUGGCACACGUCAAAUAGUCCUUGCCGAACUGCCCAAUAGUUAAGGUAUCCUUUUAAGGGUUAUGCUGUAUGUUGUCAUCAUAAGGACUAGUGGACUAAAACUGUUAGUUUCUAUUGCUGGGUACAUAGUGCUGUUUCUUGUCAUAGUCCAGUACACUUCCAGCCUGAAUGAUUCCGGACUAGAACGUUGGGCUAGCAUGGUUGGCUGGGUUCACAGUGUAUGAUUGGGAGGACUAGAAUGCCACCAUGUCCUGUCAUUGGGUUGUGUUGUGUUGUGCAGCAUGGUGACGAGUUUUAUACGUGUAUUGUCUUUUCUUGGUUACCAUGGUUACUGAUUAUUGUGAAAUGAAUGAGUGCGAGCCGUGAUCUGGUUGAAAAGAGAUCAUAAUUGGGAUUCAAAGUACUAAAGUAGAGAGUACUUUUCUUGAUAAAUCGCUUUCUUUUUAAAUGUGUAAUUUGGUAUGGUGACAUGAAUAAUACUAUUCAUAUUUAUAAACAAAUCUGUGCUUUUGUCGUUUUCCCUCAGCAUAACCAAGCAGUUAAAGUCAUGAAGCCUGUGACGUCAAUCAUAUUGUCCAUCGUGUCAUGACGUCAUAGCAUUCCACAGUGUCUGUCUUGCACACCGUGGAUGCUGCUUACAUUUUGUAUUCACAAUAUGGCUAGAUACUUUUGUUUCAGAUUUGGUUAUUGUGUACAUGCUUUUCAAAAUUUGUACAUUUGAAACCUCUGGAUAACAUCCUUCCAAUGAAAUUUGUAGUCAUCAAAUACUCAAUAACGACUGCUAAUAAUGGAGAUAGAAGAAUGUGACAGGAGAUUUAACAUUUGAAACCUCCAUUGCGCCGGCUAACACAAUUGGUUCCUAAAGAAACUGUGGCAGCUUCCCAUCCUCUACUGCUUCCCUCGCUAUGCCGGGAUCCAAAGUUAGAAUUGGUUCUAGUUGUGUGAGUACAUGUACUUCAUGCUUGUGAUAUUGUGAGGCCCAGCUAGCUAGGCACCGAUGGAUAGGUCACACCACCGACCCCAAAAUUAGAAGGGGAUUAAACUUUAAAUGUUACUUCUGACAUUUCUUUGUACCGACCAGCUGACCACUUUAAAAUAUGUGUUUGCGAAUUUAUAUUUCAUAUAACCAAACUAUGGUUUGUGGAAAACAUAUCUGAAAAAACAUCUGAAAAAACAAGGAACUAUAAUACAAUAGCUGAUCCAGACUUGAGCUGGCAGUGGUGCUUGGUGUUGACCGGAUUCCGUCUUGCAAGGACCAUCAAGAGCUGUUUCACCUGAGCAUGGAGUCUCUGUGUGUAUCUCUACAUUGAUAUUGUUUUCCUAUUUUGUGAGUAACUUCUUCUUGAAUUGUAUUAGCUGUUGUGCUCCAGUUGUUGUACAGAAGACACCUUCUCGUUAGUCAUGAAUUUAUGAUCACAUUAACUUUAAUCUGAAAUAAAACCUUUAAUGUAA